UUUCUCUUUGCGCACUUUGCUAAAAUCUGUCACAGUGGUGAAACAUAUGUAAAAAUUCUCCUCUGCAACUUAAUAAUUUUAUUUUAAAUCAACGACUAAUGCAGAUGUAAUUUAGAUAUGGGUUCCGACAGUUCCUCGUCUUUCGGAGAUUGCCCAAAAGCAAAGAAAUCAAAAACCUCAGAAGAAGCAAUUUCCACAUCAUAUUGGGCCCAUUUACCCUCAGUAUUGUUACAUGAUAUUUUUGACUUGUUAAAUAAGGAAGACAGAAAAAAUGCGUCUGCCGUUUGCAAGCACUGGAGGCAGAAUUUGUUUCACCCAAAAUGGUGGCCCACAAUGACAUUCAAAAUAGAACAAAAUAAUAUACAAAAAGCUAGGUUUUACAUAUACACGUUCGGCAAACUCGUAACAGAAGCAAGAAUCGUAUUAAACUCAUUGUCGAUUGAAUGUAUGGAGGAAUUUAUUAAUUUAUUGCAGUUAUUAAGUGAAAAUAAUAAUUUGAAGAGUUUGAUCGUCGAACCCACCCAUUGCCGUUUUGAGGUACCCUCCAAGAUUAUAGGAAGCUGUGAUGACCCGUGGAAUAUAAUGAAGUUGUUGAGGCCCUGCUUACCGAAACUAAGCACGUUUAGUAUAGGUUGUAUAGAAGAUUUAACUUAUUUUCUGGAUGAUAUUUUAAAGAAUCUUUCGCCAUCGAAGGUGACUCAUCUUGGACUAGCAUCCGUGAAGGAUGACCCCGUUAAAUACGAGGUGGCAUAUUUCGAUCCCGAAAUGAUCGCUCCUUUUACCAAAUUAAAGGUAUUAAGCAUAGAUUAUGACCAGUUGUCCGAUGAAUUUUUAUAUAAGUUAGAGACAGCUAAACAGUUAGAGAGAUUAGUAGUACACCUGCAUGGCGUCCGGAAGAAUCACCCCGGCACCACGAACAAGGCGUGGGACGAUUUCCGACGGGGCCAUCCGACUUGCGAAUUCCGACUGACCGUCAUACACGCCUUCAAGGACAUCAAGAGCAUCCACGAGACCGUCAUGCGCCGCUUCAUGCCCCUGUCGCACCUCAAGGUGUUCUUCUGCGAGAGUGUGAACCUGGAACUCGUUCAGAACCUUUCCUCCCACUACGGGGAGACCCUGCGCAGCAUCAUGUGGGUGGACUCCAUCAGCCACAACGACAACAGUUGGAUCUUCGUCAAGCCCUUGUUCGACGAGAGCCCCGACCCUUUCGUCCUGGCGGCGUGGCUGUGCAAGAAUCUGGAGGAGUUCGUCUUGUACGGUUACAAGUACUGGGAAGAGAACCUGGUGGCUAUCGGGCGGCUCCGCGGCGAACACUUGAAGAAUCUCGAGAUAGCCGAGCACGAUAUUAUCUUUUACCCGGGGCCCAAUCUGGAGGACGCUUUGUUGGACAUUCCAAAGAGCUUGCAGAAGCCUUGGAAGCCGACACAGCAGGACGAGCUUCAUCCCGUGAUUUGUAACCCGACAGAUGGUGAUUCGGAUGAAUACCUGUUGCCAAUAGUCCUAGCAGACUUGCACUAGUUAAGUACUACAUCUGUAAAAUAAAACCUAAACAUCGUUUUUUUAAACUUUUUAAAAUUUCAAUACGUUUGUUCUGUUUAUUGUUGUUUUGCGGAACAUCAAGUACCAGGCUAUGCAGGGCGUCACUUUUCCGUUCGUUUACAGCAUCGUUUUGUUUUGUUCGCCCUACGGCUGCUUUUCGCCAGCCGAGGAAAAACGGAUAUUAUUUAAACGGAUGUCAGUGGGGUUACUUUUACGUUUAUUCUUUGUUAAUUAUUAUUUCCGAGAAAUAAUAUCGAGAGAGCUUUGCAUUUUCCAGCGGAUUUUUUUUUUAAAGAUACUUGACGUGCAAAGAUUGACGUGUUUUUUUUUAAAUAAAAAAAAGUAGAGAUAAGAAGUAAAACAUCUGUGAUAUAGUAAAACUCUUAUUGAAAAAAAAAAGCAAGCGGAACGUAACAACGAUUGUUAACACAAAUAAGCGAAUAAUAUUUUGCCACUUGUAACAAACUACUACGUACCUGCGAGAUCACGGACUUUUCGCUCGGAGAAAAGGAGCAGCGACGAGUCUUGCCGAUCAGAGAAUGUGGUUUAAGCAUUUAAAUUCACCGGAACUUGGGUGUUGUUGAGUUUUAUUUAAUCUAUCUUUAUUUCAGUUUUCGGGGCGAUUGCCUCUGAAUUUUGUAGUGUUUGCACAAACUUGGUACGAGAAAACUGUUGUUAUAAUUAUCUUCAACGAGGUUAUACAUCUAAUCUCAUUGUAUUUCAGUUUUCGAGGCGAUUGGCUUUGAAAUUUGUAGCGUUUACGCAAACUUGAAACCACAAAACCAUUAUAAUUAUUUUCAACGAAGUUGUACAUCUAAUCUACCUUUAUCUUAGUUUUCGGGGCGAUUGGCUUCGAAUUGUUGUAGCGUUUGUGCAAACUCGAAACCACAAAACCAUUGUUACAAUUAUUUUCAAUGAAGUUGUACAUCUAAUCUAUCUUUAUUUCAGUUUUUGGUGCGAUUGACUUUGAAUAUUGUAGCGUUUGCGCAAACUCAAAACCAGAAAACCGUUGUUAAAAUUAUUUUCAACGAAGUUGUACAUCUAAUCUACCUUUAUUUCAGUUUUCGGGGCGAUUGGCUUUGAAUAUUGUUGCGUUUGCGCAAACUCGGAACGAGAACACCAUUGUUAUAAUUAUUUUCAAUGAAGUUUUGCUUUUAAUCUAUCUUUAUUUCAGUUUUCGGGGCGAUUGGCCUUGAAUUUUGUAGCGUUUGUUAAGUUUCAAUAUGAUUAUUGAAUUUGUUUUAUGAUUAAUUUGUGCGACCUUGAAUGUUUAUUGUUUUUGCGCAAACUUAUAACAAGGAAAACUGUAGUUGUAACUGCGUUAAAGUUAAUCUGUUUUCAGUGAAAUUACAGACAUUUAGUCCAUCUUUAUUUUAGAUUUCGAUGCGAUAAAUGUUAACAAUUUGUGUAGCGUUUGUGCAAACUUGGAACAAGAAAACUGUGGUUAUAUUAUCAGGAUUUUAAUCUGUCGGGAUGUUGAAUAAGUUCUUGCUGUUUUUUCGUGGAAAUUAGUGCUUCAUUUGAAAAAAUUUGGUAAAAACCAUGAAAGUAUCGUCGAUCACUAGCCAGUACUAUUUCCCAUCUUUCCAGCAGCAUUUUAAUUCUACGUCGGAAACACGACAUGUCUCUUGAGGCUAGGAUGCGAAGGUCGUUCAAUAAGUCCUUCGAAAAAAAUAGAAAAACAUAUUACUUCAGGCAGAUUUUUUAAAUUUUUGACAUAAUCUCCUUUUAACUCUAUACAUUUUUCGAAGCGUUUCUCCAACUUUUUUUUUAAACCAUCUAAAAAGUAAGAUUUCGGAAGGUCCUCAAAAUAAGCAUCUGUUUGGGCGAUCGACGUGAACCGUUGUCUGCCGAGCAAUUUUUUUAAGUUUGGAAAUAAAAAACAGUCACUGGGGGCCAAAUCCGGUGAAUACGGUGGAUGUUGUAAUAAUUCGAACUUUAAUGCCAUGAUUUCGGCCAUCGAAACUACACGGGUGUGCACCCGAGCAUUGUCUUGGUGGAAGAUAUUUUUCCUUUUCAAACGAGGUUUUUUCUUGAUUUCUUCGCUCAACCGGUUCAAUAACGACACAUUAUACUCUCCAGUGAUUGUUUUCCUUUUUCACACCCAAUUUUUUGUGCAAAAUUGAAAAUGCCUUGCAAUAUGUAUGUGGCUUUAACUAUUUUGUGGACUUGCCAAUCAUUUCGGGAGUAGUCACUUAGCGUCCUGAACGAUGUUCAUCUUUUGUGGAUGUAGAGCCAGGUUUACACUUGUUUAUCCAAUUGUGAAGAGGAGCAGAUGUGCACUGAACUUUAUCCAACUCGGCUUUGAUUUCUUUCAGUGUUAAACCUUUUAAAUGUAAGUUUGUUUAAUCACCGCUCGAACCUCACUUUUCUCCAUUUUUCUAAAUAAACAAAUUUAACUGAGACUGACAGCUGUCAAAUUAUUUUCUAAGCGACCAGUGCCAUCUCUUGGAUUUUCUAUGGACUUAUAUAGUACUUGUUUGGUGGGUUAUCAAUUUAAACUGCACGCUUGCAGUUCUGGUAACGCCAUCUGUUGGAAAACAGCGAGAACUUAUCCAAUGAAGUGAACUUUUAUUUUUAGUACAAUUAAUGUUAUAUUUUCAUGAUGUUUGCGCAAACUUUAAACAUGAAAACGAUAUGUAAUCUAUCUUUAUUUUAGUUUUGAGUACGAUAACGUUGAUUUUUGUAACGUUUGCGCAAACUUAGAAGAAGAAAAUCACGGUUAUAACCCACAUGAACACCUGUCAAUCUAUUUUUGGUGAAGCUAGGCAUUCGGUGUACCUUUAUGUUGGUUUUCAGUACGAUUAACGCUGGUUUUUGGUAGGGUUUGUGCAAAUCUAGGAAGAAUUAAAGAUAGAUUAAUCAUCUUUAGAAGAAAUAAACCACAUUCUGUUCGGCGAGGGCCCAAAAAUCUUUCAGUAUUAGAAAUGCGGAAUGUAACAGAUUUAACUACCGAUAGCGUAACGUAAUAUUUACCAAAGAUUAUUGCAGCCAAACCACUUGAUAAAUAUUAUCGAACUAGUGAUGCAAAAGACAGAUGUAAAUAACAAUAACGGAAUAUUAAAGACUUAAACAUCUGUGGCAAAAAAAGUACUGAAAAAAAAAACAAACAAUCCGAAAGUUAACAAUCUAAGAGAAUAAGAGUAUGUGUGUGUCCUGCAUCGUUUAAUUAAAAAAAAUAAAGUUAUGCAUUUUUAACCGUUUUGUUUUUUGUCUGUUGUGAUUGUUGAAAGAGUAACGAUGAUUUAGAGAAAGUAUUAAUAACACCGUUUUAUAUAUUUUGCGUUUUUUACCCUUAUUGUUGUAUUUGUCAACUUAAGCUCGUUCUGUAUUUAUUUAUUUUAUCGUUAAGUAUUCGCGACAAGAUCGUUGACAAGCACGAGAUAUUUUAAUUUAUCGAACGUGUCGAAUAUUACCAAAGUGACACGACGAAUCAAACAGCGUUCCUAAUGUUAAGCCACAAGAGACCAAUAUAAUGUGGAUCUAGAACAAAAUAGCCAUUCCAAAUAAUUUAUUCCUUAGAUAUUUUAUAAAAACCGGGAGCAGGUAUUUUCGGAUCGGUAAACUCGAUCGGUCCAGGUAAUGCGCCUUCGCCAACCCAACACGCUGUGAUAGAGAUGUAACCUCACAAAGAAUGCCCCAUCCCCCGAUCAACGGGUGGAUCGCUGAGAAGAAUCUGUCUUUCGCCAAUUCGCUUUCGAAAAUGAAUUUUUGAGGUUAUGGGCGCAGCAGCGCCACCUACAGAUGGCGCUGCGUGUCAACGUUGUAACAAUCGAGUGCUCUUCCCGAAGUAACUUCAGUUUCUCAUCGAUCCACCCGACGGCAUUAGCUGGCACCGCAAAGCAAGCACGAAUGAUCUUAAGAGACGCAAAAUAUCUGCUCCGUUAAGAACUCUCAAAAAGGGAUUAACUGAGAUAUAUGUAAAUAAGAAUGUUAGAAGAUCGCGUACCUGACUACCAAGUGAUUAUAGCAAAUCUUUAGCCUGCUAUUGUAACUCGUAAACUAGUCCAAAACGUUAAACGUUGAUGAAAUAAAAUCUUUAUAUGUAUUAUAGUGUAUGUGUGAAUUUGUAGAAACUAUCCUUACGAGCGUUUCCUGGUUGAUAACGGGACAUCGUCCAUUUCGACGGGUAUAGAUGGCGCCAAUUCCGUACAGCCCUGUCGGGGGUUUUAUGAGAGUGUCGCCAUCUAGUGUUCCCAUUCCUAAGUUGUCUAACUAUAGGUAUAUGAACGAAAGUUUGGCAAAUGGUCUUUGAAAGUUUCUCGUAUAAAAACGAAUCGUUUACUAAUAAGAUUUACGAAUUUACCACCUAUUACGAUCUGGUAAUAUUUGAUUGAUUUGAGUGGUAUAGAAAGUAGUUGGGACGUUUUUACAUACAUUUUCUUCAUUUAUCGGAAGAAAUACAACCAGAUCAUGAUAUGCCAUCGAUCUAGUACAGGACCAAAGCAACACCAACUAGAGAUAGUUUUUCGAAGUUAGCAAAAAUUUUUCUUCCAUUAAACAUUACGGCGGCUUAAUUUUAAGCGUCCCUCAAACACCUUGCGUUACACCACUCGCUCUCUCGGAACUCGAACUCCCAGGGCUUCCUCUUCCGUUCUCCCCAAGAAACGCUCGUAAGCCUAGAACGUUUGGAUCGUUAAGUUGCCAUCUUAUCAUGUAACUAUCUGUGAUGAAAAAAAUAAAAACGGACACAUUGUUAACGGCGUACAUAUGUUACCAAGCGCUCAUAAGUUACAAUGUAGGUCUCCCCGAGGCGGGGUGGCGACGUGGAGCCGCCGGCCUCCGUAAUAUUCCAGUGUUGCCGAUCACUUUCUGACAUACGACGAGUCCCCCAGGUAUGAAAGACCCGAAAAAAAACACUAAGACAAUAAAAGAAUAAGAGAGGCAACGCUCGAUCUUCUUUUGUUUUAGCCCGCAAUGAGUUCGUUUCACAGUCAGUCUCGAGCGGCUUCAACAAAAGAAGCUCAAAGGUUAAAACUGUCCUUAAAACGAUAUCAGUGAGAUUUAGGGAUACGGGCAGUGUAAUUACACAAACGACUGGUAUAAUUUUAUUUCGACACAAUACUAUCGGUAACUCUUGUUUAAGUUAUAAUUGUUUAUCGUAUAUAUUUUUUAUAUUCACUUUAUUUGAUAGCAGCGGGCUGCGGUUAUCGGCAGUCUCCAGUGGAUUCAUUUUUUAAAUGUGUCUAGUUUGUCAUGGUAUUUCUACCGUUUAAAGCAUAUGCAAUUAGUGUAUUGGUGUUAUUGUUUCCUGUAAUGAUGUGAAAUUAAUGUGGAUCGCUUCCGGCAAAGAGUUUUUCGCAGCUCGAUUGACUUUUUACAAGAGAAAUCUAACGUUUUAAUACGGAAAGUGACUUUAGGUUUGCAGUUAUUUAAAUUUCUAAUCUAAUUUUGUCAGGAUCUCUUGCGUUUUCAGAGGAAAAAAAAUUAAACGUGAUCACGCUCUUUGUCUUAGGAAGCGAUUUUGUUUAGAAAUUCAAUCCAUUUAUAUUAUGUGUUAGUUAUAGUGUUAUAGAAUUUGAAGAUUGCACUAUAAAAAAAACAGUAGCACCAAUGUUUUUUAUCUCGUAAUAAUUAUAAUAUAAAAAAAAUUGACAGAGAAGAAAUUUAAAUUUGUUUUUUUCCGUAGUUCUGUAGUCUAGUGAGUAGCGUAGAUGUAGUUUCAUUUUAGCGUAGUAAUAACAAAGUGUAGUUCUUUCUUCGAUGUUUAAAAAAAAAUGUCAGAUUUAAUAUUUAUCCAUUUAUAUUGGGUGUUAUAAAUUUAGUUUUGUUUUCACUGUAAAAAUGUAAUCUAAUUUUAAUAAUACAUUUUUUGGCACUUCA